CCCGGGCCCCGGAGUCGACGCUGCGCAGGCUGUGUCUGGGCCAGGGGGCCGAUAUCUGGGCCUACGUCUUGCGGCAUGUGCACAGCCAGAGGAAUGUCAAGAAGAUCCGGGGAAACCUGCUCUGGUAUGGCCACCAGGACAGUCCAGAGGUGAGAAGCACGUGCUGCAAGAUUUUCUUUCAUCCAAAAAGAGGACUUGUAGACCUGCUCUAGCCCCAGCCUUGUGCUGGGUGAUGCUAGGGUCACUGUGUCACAAAACAGCCCUGAUCCCUGUACUCACAGGGCUUACAGUCUAGGGGGAGAAGGCCCGUCGGAAGUUGAAGCUGGAAGCCGCUGUUGCCCACCUGCGGGCAGAGAUCCUGGAGUUAGACCAGAGCCUGGAGCUGUUGGAGCGAGAGACUGAGGCUCAGGACAUGGCCAUGGAGCAGGCCCUACAGAGCGUGCAAGACACCCAGCGUCGUGCUCUCCUCCUCCGGGCCCAAGCUGGGGCCAUGCAAAGACAGCAGCGUGUGCUCCAAGGUCCCAUGCAGCAGCUGCAGAAUCAGCUCAAGCAUUUGCAGGACAUAGAGAGGAAGGCCAAAGUGGAUAUAAACUUUGGACCCUUGACAUCAGCAGCCCUGAGCCUGGAGCCUGUGGUCCUGGGUGAUGUCCGAACAGCCUGCAGCCUCCGGACCCAGUUCCUGCAGAAGCUCCUGAUGCCUCAGGCCAAGGGAGGCAGCAUUCCAACCCCUCGAGAUGAUCUCUUUGGAACUUCCUACCAGCAGUGGCUUAGCUCAGUGGAGACACUGCUGACAAACCACCCUCCGGGCCACAUCCUGGCUGCCUUGGAGCAUCUGGCUGCAGAGCGGGAGGCAGAGAUCCAGUCCCUGUGCACCGUGGAUGAGCUCCAAGAUACAGAGAUAGCCAGCUCGGCCCCUACUCUCGGCUCCCAGGCCCCAGACCAGCCCAACUCUAGCCAGGCCCUGCCGUCCAUGGUGCAUCUCAUCCAGGAGGGCUGGCAGUCUGUGGCUGCGCUGGUCACCCAGCGGGGCCCCCUCCUGGAGGACCAUCAAAUCCUGACCCGGCACCUCCAAGGCCUGAUGGAGCAGAUGGAGAGAAGUACUGUGGGAUCCAGCGAGAGGCAGGCAUUGGUGCUGGGGCUCCGGAGCUCUGCCCUGUGGGCAGAACUCAAGGCCCUGCGUGCCAUGAGCCAGGAGCUGGAGGAGGCUGCUGGGCAGAGGCAGCUUCUGCUCCAGGAGCUACAGGCCAAACAGCAGAGGAUCUUGCACUGGCGCCAACUGGUGGAGGAGACACAGGAACAGGUCCGCCUGCUCAUCAAGGGCAACUCAGCCAGCAAGACGAGCCUGUGCCGGAGCCCUGGGGAGGUGCUAGCUUUGGUUCGGCAAAAAGUGGUCCCCACAUCUGAGAUGGUGGCACCACAGAGCCAGGAGCUGCUUCGGUGUCUAGAGGAGGGAGCCCAGCAUCUGCCCCAUCUUCUGCUGGGCACCCUGCUGCGGCACAGCCCUGGAGGGUUGCAGCCCCUCCCUACGGUCCUGCCAUCCAUCCACCAGCUGCAUCCUGCAUCCCCAAGAGGCUCCAGCCUCAUAGUAUUGAGCCACACAUUGGGGCUGCCCGCAGGGAAGGCUCCGGAGCUGCUCCUUCCGAAGGCUGCCUCUCUUCGCCAGGACCUUCUGUUCCUCCAGGACCAGCGAAGUCUCCGAUGCUGGUAUCUGCUCCACAUGAAGACCAGCCUGCCGCCAGGACCAUCCACCCGGGAGCUGCUGCAGAUCUGGGCAUCCCAGGAAAAGGAGCAGAAAGAGAACCUGGGGCAGGCUCUGAAGCGCCUGGAGAACCUGCUGAAACAAGCACUGAAGCGAAUCCCCGAGCUGCAGGGAGUUGUGGGGGACUGGUGGGAGCAGCCAGGACAAGCCGCCCUCUCCGGGGAGCUCUGCCAAGGCCUGUCCCUGCCCCAGUGGCAGCUGCGCUGGAUCCAGGCCCAAGGCGCCCUGCAGCAGCUGUGCAGAUGAAGACGUGGCUCAAAGAGAAGCCCAGAGCUUCGCAUUCGUUCACCCCAACACUUCACUUCCCUUAAUAAGACUUUCGGAAGAAAGCAUUGCCUGGAUGCGCCAGCCCAUUGUCUCUACCCACACCUGCCGUCCCCCUUCACAGGCUCUUCUGUUUUUCCUCUCAGUUGCCUUGCCACUGUCCUAUCAUCCCACUAAAGCCAAGAGAAUGGGGUACUGUGUGCCCCACCCUACCUGAAACUCUCCUCGUCACUUCUACCCUCAACAAAAAGUAAUCAAGCACCUGCUCUAAAUACUGAGGAUCCAGCACUAAAAAAAUGGACAGAAGUCCCAGCCUUCAGGGAGUUGUCAUUCUAGGACAGGAGAACAGACCACUGACAAAAUAAGUAAGCAAAAUAUUUAGUAUGUGGAAGAACUGCUGUGGAGAAAAAGCGGUUGUAGUGGUGUGAUUUUUAAAUAGAGGGCUACACAGCAAAGGUGACACUCUGUAAAGGUAGAGAGAGAAGGAAGUACAUGGGUAUCUGAGGAAGGCUUGCAGAGGGGAAGACUACAGCACAUGCAAAGGCCCUGCGUUCAGAUGUGUUGGUGUGAGGGCUGAGGAGGCAGUGCAUCUGCUGGAAGAGGGGAGGGUUUAAGAGAUGACAUUGCCUUCUAGUUUUAUACAAUUUCUUUUGUAAAUGUAAAUUUUAAAUCUCUGAGCCAUUUGGAAUUUAUCUAAAUGGAUUCAAUUUUAUCUUAUUUUAAAUAUAUCUCACUAUCAUUUAUUAAAAUUCUCAUUCAGAGCAGUGAUUGCCUCUGAAGGAGGGCUGGGUGGCAGGGGUCAACCAAGGAGGAGACAAACUUUCUCGAGCUGGGAAUAUGUUGUACAUUGAAGGUGGUGGGGUUAAACAGGUGUAUAGAUUUUUCAGAACUAAUCUAGCUGUACUGAUUAGAUUGUAGCAUUUCGCUGUGAAUUAUCUUCAACUUAUAAAGUAAAACUUUACAUCCCUAAACUUUAUAAAGUAGUUUUAGGUGACUUGAGAUGCCACCUUUUCAUACACUAAGUUUCCACGGUUAAUUUGGCUGCAUCUGUGUUCUCUCCAAGUGCACUGUCUGUCUGACGCUUGUGUGCCAUCCCCACAGUGUUUUAAUUAUAAAGGCUGUGUAAUACGUCUUAGUACCUGAAA